CCAGUCCCACACCCGUUCCGCUUCCGUUCUUCUCUCCGCUUUAAUCCAACUAUUCUGUAGUCAGAUUCCAUUCCCGCUUGCUAAGAUGGCAUUUCUCCAACUCCCCGCCAUGGAUUAUCCGUUCCUGCUCUGUUAAAUUCUCCACCAGUCGCCAAAACUAUGAUCUCUUUUCAAGCAUGAGCUCCCCUGUUCGGUACAAAAUCCGCGCUCUGCAUCGCCAUGGACGGCGCCUUCCUCCACGCCAGCAAGGGUAAGAGGGAUGAGUGGAGUGAGGGCGGGGUUCUAUCGCUCUUAGAGAUCUAUGAAUCCAAGUGGCUAAUUCGUAACCGCGCCAAACUGAAAGGCAGUGAUUGGGAAGACAUCGCCCGCCAGGUCUCGAUCCGAUGCUCCACCUCCAAUGCUCUCAAGACACCCAGCCAGUGCAAGAACAAGAUCGAGUCCAUGAAGAAACGGUACCGUGCCGAGGCUGCCGCAGCAGCUGAAAAUCCUAGCUCGUGCUCUUCCUGGCAGUUCUUCACUCGCAUGGAUGGAUUGCUCAAGGGCGCUUCUCAUUGCCCUAGCACGCCGAAAUCCGAUAAUAAUCGAAAAAACAACUUCGAUUCGGGGGUUCCUGCUAAGGUGGAAGAGGUUGAUGUGGAGGUGGGUGGUGGGAAUUUGCAUGAAAGCCACCGGGAACACGGAUCCAAUAGUUCGGCAAAAGGUUUUGGUGGACAGAAAAUGAAUGAUGAGAUGAAGGAGAGUAGAGGGAGUGAUGGUGAUGUUAGUACUUCAAGGUUAAAGGAGGUGGUGGGGGAUGGUAGAAUUUCGAAAAAGAGAAGGGGAUUGGGAAAUGAGAUCGCAGAGAGCAUUCAGUUUCUAGCUCAUUCCAUAUUAAAGAUUGAGCAGGGAAGGAUGGAACUGUUUAAGGAUUCUGAGAAGCUUAGGGCGGAGGCGGAGAUUAAGAAAUGGGAGAUGGAGCUAAAGAGGACAGAGAUUAUUUCGAAAACACAGUUACAAAUUGCUAAACUAGCCAUGAAGAGGUUAUAUGGGAAGAACAAUGGACAGGAUGGCUCCCCUUUGAAGACUGAGCUUGAUAUGCUGUCAAGGAGGGAAGUAACGGGCGACUAACAGCAACAAACCAUUUGUGCUUUUACCAUUGAAGAUUUCUGCCAUUUCUUUUGAAGUUUGCUGAGCCUUUCUCUACUUAUCAUGUAAGUGUGAAUCUUCACAUGGUUAUAGUUGUUACCCGGGCUACAAGUAUAGUAUGCAGAGGAUAAGUCUUAUUGCUGUGCAUGUCCAUGUUAUUUUCUAUGGAAGACAAUCCAAAAUUAUCAAAUUUUGGCAUUAUGCAGCAACAAAUCCCUUAUCUUGGAAGGGGAUAACUUGACAAAAGUAGAAUUGACCAGCACUAUAUCAAUUGUCAAAGGCUUCUGCAAUGGGCCAUUGUAAGACUAUAUGGCUUUAUAAAAUCAUUCUACUAUUAAAAAAUAAAGCUAUUCUGGACUGUGGAUUUGCUAAAA